UCACUUUGACCUUAUCCCUUCCUCCCUCUAUCGUAAAACACAUACACUGAAUCGUAAAAAACAUGAGUUUUCACUCUCAGUCAAAAAACAAUUGAACAUCUCAACGUCGCUGCUCAAUCGCUCUCUCUCUCAAUCUCUCCGGUGAGUUUUUGUCUCUCGCCGUCGCUGCUCAAGCACUCUCUCUCCGGUGAGUUAUCUCUCUCACCGUCGCUGCUCAAUCAGAACCUCUCACCGUCGCUGCUCAUUCUCUCUCUCUCCUUGUGAUAUUAUAAUCAUUGGAACUAAAGCUAUGUUUAUUUGGGGACAUUAGUGAUAUUACAGAUACAUGGCUGAUUUAACCAACUUUCCUCCUUCGUCUAGUGAACUUCCAAAAAGAAAUGUUAGAGGUGCCACCAAGAUGAAAAAAAUGACCAAAGUUCUGAAAUCGGGUGUGAAACCAUUGGUCAACUUUAAUCCAGAAACUGGGAGGUGUUAUGGUCCAAAUUCUGCAGAGUUUAAGAGUUAUGCAGCAUAUCUUGCUCGAAGUAAGUGUAGUAUUUUAAUAGAUGAAUGGAAACAGGUAGAUGCAAGCACAAAAGAUGCAAUUUGGGUUGAUCUUCAGAAGCAUUUUGUUAUGCUAGAAAGUGAUGAUCCAAAAAAUGAUCCAUUGAAGAAAAAAUGGAUGGUGUAUUUGGGGGUGCGGUGGAAUGGGUUUAAGGCACAACUCACAUCGGAAUAUAUUGCAUAUCCCAACCCCGAACGCCCUCCUCCGUAUGUUAGGUAUCCUUUUAUUAAAGAACAUAUAUGGAAGAGGUUCAUUGAGUCUCGAAAUACAGAUGAUGAAUUUAAGGAAAAAAGUCAAAAGGGUAGGGACUGUGUGGCUAAAAAUAUUUAUAGACAUACAUUAUCUCGUGGAGGAUAUGAACUGCUUCAGGAGAAAAUGAUGAAGGAAAAGAGAAAAUUGCUAGAAGAAUCAGGAGAUGUAGAUGAUAUAUUAAAUGAUGAUCUAAGUCUAUCUCCUCCAUCACGUCAUGAUACAUGGAAGAGAGCAAGACAAAAGAAAGGGGGAGAGUAUACAUCAGAGGCUGCAAAAGUUGUUGCUGAGAAAAUUGAUGCUCUAGUUGAAGAGACUGCCAAAGGCACCUUUGUUCCACAAGGACGUGACGAUAUCUUAACAAGGGCAAUUGGGACAAAAGAGCAUGGUGGUCGUGUUCGUGGUGUUGGACCAGGUUAUACUCUGAGCAAUUACUUUGGAAGGUCUUCACGUCUUACCCAAACCAUAGAUGUUAACCAACAUCUCUCACAACUUCAAACAAAUCUCGAAAGACAGAUUAAAGAAAAAUUUGAUGCAGAGUUUGAACAAAAGAUGGCCGUUGAACGUGAGUUGAUGCAACAAGCAUUUCUGGAUAAACUUAAGACUAUGGGUUUCACCCAAACCUUGCAAAUAAAUGAAGAAAUUGAGCAUAGUAGUCCUCAAAAAGUUGAUGUGCAUGGAAGCACAAAAGGUUCUUGUACCGCUGCACAAGAAAAUUACAAGGAGGACUUAACCAUCGACAAUGUUCAAAAAUUGCUAUGCAUGGUUUUGAGAAGUGAAGAAGAUAUACGCAUAGCAUUAGAACAUGAGCCAAAUACCGCAAGGUUUUUUAUUCCAGCAAAGUGUAUUAGAGAGUUGUUGGUGGGUAAUGCUUGGCUUGACUUUUCUAUUCUACAACUGUGGUGCACGUGUAUGCAUCGUCUCUGUAUCUCAAGAAAUAGAUUGAAAGUGUUUGGCAUUUUGGACCCAGUAUGCUUGGAUUUUAAUCCAACUGAUCCUAGUACUAAAUCUAAAGUUCAGGGACACAUACAAACUAGGUUGCGUGAUUUGAACAAAGUGUGUUACUUAGCACCAUAUCUAUUUAAAGGACACUGGCAGUUAAUAAUUAUUUGUCCCAAGGACAAUAGUUUAGUUGUCCUUUGUUCAAUGCACUGAGAUCUUAAUGAAGGAAUGAUUAAGAUUGUUUCAAAAGCUUUAGAGGUUCAUCAACUUUGUCAGGGAAAUAGAAAGAAGGCUAAAUGGUUUCGUCCCAAACCAAGAAAGCAACCUAAUGGCAAUGAUUGUGGAUACUAUGUGAUGAAGAAUAUGCUAGAUAUCAUCUCUGCUAAUAUUACUAAGUCUUGGAUGGAGGUAUUCAAUGAUCCAAUGGCAUUAACUGAAGAUGACUUAUAUGAUUUGCGAAACCAAUGGGCAACUUGUUUUCUUGACUUGUAUAACGCGUAGGAUUUACAUGAUGAAAAUUGAUUAUGAUGUGGCUGAGAUGAGACAUUGUCGGUGCUUACGACUGAGAUGAAAUGAGAUGCUUUUUGCAGCUGAAGCUUAGCAUAUUUACAAUGA